AUGGAGGGAACAAAACAAAAAGGAAAACAACUAUCAAAACAAUUUUGUCAUAAAUCGAUUUGUACUAAACGUAAUGUUUCCUCAAGAUCAUACAAAUUGCACCAAAAAGCAUUGAAACUUACCACAGCCAAUCAUCGCGAUGAACAAGAAAAUUUUGACACAUUCGGCACUUGGGAUAAUAGAAUUGAUCUUCCCCUAUUACUGCAAGCUAGUAUAGAGCAUGGUAAACCAAUUCCUAAAAUAUCUGUGGGAAAUGUUGGAUCAGCUAGCAACAUAGGAAGACGAAUUUCUAAUGAAGAUAGAUACAGGGUUUUAGAGCUCCAACCUGAGUUGUUGUAUUUUGCUGUGUUUGAUGGCCAUGGAGGAACGGAAUGUGCAGAUUUUUGUAGUGAGCAUAUGGAGAAUUAUAUUAAAUAUUGGUUAACUAGGGGUGAGAGGGACUUAGAAACUAUUCUUCAGUAUUCCUUUCAAGAAGUGAAUAAUGCCUUUGCCAGACAUGUUAUUUUUAACUGUCCAGAAAAAGAAGCUGCCAGUUCAGGAACUACUGCUACUGUUUGUCUUUUAAGAAACAGCAUUGAACUUGUGAUUGGUCAUGUAGGAGACAGCAGAGCCAUGCUUUGCCGUGAUGGUGAAGCAAGAAAACUUACUACAGAUCACACUGCAAAUUUAAAAAGUGAAAAGGAAAGAAUUUUAAAAUCGUCUGGUACAAUUAAAUCAGAUAACUUAGGUCAGCAUCUCGUAAAUGGGAGAUUAGCAAUGACUCGAAGCUUAGGAGAUUUGGAUUUAAAACCUUAUGGAGUCUCAGCUCAACCAGACACAAGAUCUUUAGAAGUUAAACAUGGCAGAGAUUCAUUUUUGAUAUUAACUACAGACGGUGUUAACUUUUCAAUGAGUGAUCAAGAAAUAUGUGAUGCCGUGAACACUUGCCAUGACCCAUUCGAGGGGGCAGGAUUCGUCACAGAUCAGGCAUUACAGUUUGGGUCUGAAGAUAAUACAACUGCUGUGAUCGUUCCUUUUGGUGCAUGGGGAAAAUAUCAAAACCAAAGGAAAAUUGCUCUAAAUUUUGGUCGCAGUUUAUUGAGAAGUAACAGGUAUUAAAGAAAGUGUGCCUGUUCUUUGAAAGAAAAUAAAGCUCAUUUACUUAUUUAUUCAUUUGGAAGACAGUUUUUUUUAUAGAAAGUAUAUGUUUAAUCAGUCUAGGUCUGGUUCAUGUAUACAGGAAGAUGAACUUAUAUUGUAGAUGAUAGCAAUAACUAUAUUUAUUAAUAGGUUGUGACAGAAAUUAGACUUAGUUUUUGUUGUAUUACUGUUACCAAUAUUUUAUAAUAGUAAUAGAUGUUGAUGAAGCAUUAACUUAAUUGUGAUUUUUCCUUUUAAAAAUUUGUUAUUGUUUUAUUUGCUUUUUUAGUCUUAUGUGUUUGUAAGAUGAGCUGUUGAAUUUUUUAUCUGAUAUUUUUUAAAGUUAACAUAAAAAGGGAAUGCAUUUAGAAACUUAAUCAAUACUUAGUGAAAAACUUUCCCAGUGGAAUCAUUAAUUCAUGUGCUUUUUUAGCUUAUUUUUGAAAACAGACUUUUACUUAGUUUUUACCUCAAUACUUUAUUUAUUAUUUUUUGCACUUAAUUUAUUUUUAAAAACUGCUGCUUUUGUUCACUUUUCAAUUGUUAAGACAUAUGGGACUUGUUAUUUAUCAGUAUUUUGAUUAAAUGUAAUGACAGGGUUCCCACUCUAUUUCAGACAAACAAUUCAUUGACUUUUCCAGGUAUAUCAGGUAAAUUACAGAAAAUCCAGUUCAUAUUUUAUCUCUACCAUGGAAUUUUUCCUCAGAAAACUUUUUUAUUUAUUUAUUUGUAAUGCCAAAUAUUAGAUUUUGUGAGGAAAUUUUUUUUUGAAUGAGAAUGGGAACAUGUCAGUUGAACUAAAAUGUGAAAUUUUUAUAACAAGUAAUUGUAAUAGAUGCUAGAAUUAUUUAACUCCAAUCUCAAUAAUUUAUUACUGUUAUUGACAAUUUAAAGACUGGUUAUCUUCUAGGUAUGAUAUAGGAAUUUUCUAGGUUUUUGUAAAAUACUGCAAUUUUACCUGAUUUUUGGAACUAAAAUAAAAUUCCCCGACAAUUCCAGGUUUUCCCUUUUCUACUUGACCUGUGGGAGCCCUGUAAUGAGUAAGUUUAGGGAUAAAAAGUGUUUUCAAUUUAAGAAACAAAAACUGUCAUACAGAGAGGUGAAAUUUUUCAAAAGAUUCUCCACUAGAUAUCAUAUCUGAUUUAUAGAAUAAUAUUUUUUCAUUUAUAAAAAAACCUGUGAAUCUCAUAAGUUUAACUUAAAUCAAUAAAUAAUUGUAAUAAAAUGAAAUGUUUAAAAUUAUUUUACUAUCUUAGUCUACUUAUUUGUAUUAUUCUUUAAAAUUUAACUGAUGUUACAAUUUAAAAACAUAGCAUGCUUUGAUUAUUUCUUCAUUCAAGCUUAGAUGCCUUUUAUCAAUCUUACUUCUAAGAUCAAUAAAAUUCUCAUUUCAAAUCUAAUCAAAAUUCUUCAAAAGUUAAGCUACAUAUGUAGUUUUUAACGAGAAAUCUUAAUCAUCUCUUUGACCAAUAAUUCGAGUUAUGCCAAAUUAAUUUAUAUUCCCCCUUUUUUUCUUCAAAUUAAUUCCAUGAUAAUUUAAAUUGAAAUGUAACAUUUCUGGA